AUGGUUGAAUUGAAGCAACUUGCGGCAGCAUCUAGCCUGACUGGCCUUGCAAUAGCAUCCAACUUCUCCACACAAUGUGCCUCCUUCAUUAAUACUCUGAUCGUUCCCAACGCCACCAUCUCCUUUACUGAAUACGUUACGGCAAACACGACACUGCAGUUUCCAAACGCCGACCCUAGCUGCGUUCGUCCAUCACAAAUCGUGUCUGCGGAUCUCUGCCGAGUCGACCUUGAAGUUGCGACAUCAGCGCGCUCCAGCCUGCGAAUGGAAGUUUGGCUUCCUGAGAACUGGAGCGGUCGCUUCCUGAGUACGGGCAAUGGCGGUCUUGGCGGAUGCAUCCAGUAUGAGGAUUUGGAGUACACAACGGCCCAGGGAUUUGCAGCUGUUGGAACCAAUAAUGGCCACGAUGGGUCUACUGGCGUUUCUUUCUUCAACAACCCGGACGUCGUCGAAGACUUUGCAUACCGUGCUGUGCACACUGGCGUUUUAUUGGGCAAGGAAAUCACUAAGACAUUCUACGGCAAACCCCACACAAAGAGUUAUUACCUAGGAUGCUCCACUGGUGGACGUCAAGGAUGGAAGUUAGUCCAGAAAUUCCCAGACGACUUUGAUGGUGUCGUCGCAGGCGCACCAGCUUUCUCCUUCAACAACCUCACGUCCUGGAGUUGCCAUUUCUUGCCUCUUACGGGCCUCCAGGGGGCAGCAACAUUCGUUCCUCUUGGUAUGUGGCCAGCGAUCCACCAGGAUAUUAUAAACCAGUGCGAUGCGCUUGACGGCGCAGUCGAUGGUAUUAUUGAAUCGCCAGACCUGUGCGACUAUGAUCCUAGCGGACUUAUAUGCGCUGGAGGUCAGAAUUCGUCGUGCCUUACACCCGUGCAGGCGGAGACAGUCCGCAGCAUUUACGCUCCACUGCUUGCCUCCGAUGGCAGUCUGGUAUACCCGCGUCUAGAGCCGGGCGCCGAAGCCACCGAAGCGGUGUUUUCGUACUUCCAAGGCCAGCGCUUUGGUGCAGCAGACUGCCUUGCAGAUUACGAUCUUGCCGCUGACUUGAAUCCCUUCAACAUCGAGACCUGGGAGGGUGAUAUAUCAGCGUUCAGGAACAAGGGUGGCAAGGUACUGCAUUACCACGGUCAGUCUGACGGCGUCAUUCCUAGCAGCAACUCGCCUCGCUACUACGAACACAUCUCCAAAACCAUGGGGUUGAACUCAGAGACCCUUGACGAGUUCUACCGUUAUUUCCGCAUCUCGGGUAUGGCGCACUGCGCUAGUGGACCAGGAGCAGCCAGCAUUGGUAAUAUGCGACGCAACACAGCGAGCAUGGAUCCCGAGGAAAACGUUCUCACAGCAAUUGUAAGGUGGGUAGAAGAGGGUAUCGCGCCGGAGAGCAUCACUGGAACAGCGUUCCGUAACGGUACCGAGAGUGCUGGAGUAGACUACAAGAGGAGGCAUUGCCGCUACCCAUAUCGAAAUGUGUUCAAGGGCACUGGCGACUACAAGGAUGUGGACAGUUGGGAGUGCAUACUCAAGCAGGACGCUUGA